AUGCAUUGGAAGGGCCUACGUCUCGUGCCCGAUGGUAAGGAUGGCAAGAGACACAGCACCCUGGAGGCUCAAUCCAGACGCAGCGAACACCUCCCACGUCCCUCACCCCCCGCCACCGAACCCCGGUUGUCCGAGUCAAUCCCUCGCCCGACCGGCGUGUCAAGCAGCCAUGUUCACUUGCCUGGCCUGCAGGUGCCCGGAAGGGAUUCGAAUGAGGGGGUCGCGCAGGUCGACUUCGCACCCUCCUCGGGGGAUACCCCCAGCUUGCGUCGCAAUCGAUUCAGCUUCAUGAGACUGCGACAUGCAUCCGAUCCCCAACUCUCCAAGUCCUAUGUCAAGGCGGGCCAGCCAGAUGCACCGCCGGUCCCCUCCUUGCCGCCUCCGAAAAUCAUCACCACCGCUCCUACUAGUCACGAACUCGAUCGACCCAUGAAACAGAGGUCGAGGCUCAACUUUCGGCCAUCGUCGCGGAAGCAGUCCAUGGAGGAAAUGUCCCGGCAGCAGACGGAACCCCCAAAGUCACGACGGAGGGGCCAGGGCUCGACAGACUCGCAAGCGACAGAUUCAGCGCUCGCCAUGUCCCAGAGCAUCACCGAGGAGCCCGGGCGGCUGUCGACAAACUCACUCCGGGGGAACCCACCGCACACCGAUUCCCAACGCUCGUCCGUCAUCGAUCCCCGAUUUUCCGAGUCGUCUCGUUCUGAUCAGAGUUAUGGGGACCAAACGAUUACCCGGAGCAGCUCUCCUCGCGAUGGAGGAAGUGCGACCACAGCAAAACGAUUCCGCUUGCCACGAUUAAAACGAACCCGAAGCCCCCUCUUCCCUCUGCCCCCGAAACCCUCACAGGCUCCAGUGAUGGACAAUACUCCGAAGUUUACACCCACAGACACGCCAAAGUCCGAGGCCUCCGAUGCCAUGGACCAGGUCUCACCGUUGCCGUCUCCCUCGCGGUCGACGGUGGGACUUGCAGCCACAGUCGCACCACCGCUGUCAAGGAAUGACUCCACGAAUUCCGCCCGCUCAGUCCGGUCAAACCCGUCAUUAAAGAACCGAGGACGUUCGUCCACCAUGGGAUCGUUGGCCGAGAACCAGGACGACUUGUCGGUGGCCCCAUACAUGGCAUCGUCGGCUCGCACAUCGACCUCCACCAGUGGUCGCAAGAGCUUCGGUGAUAUGUUUAAUAUCACGCAGAGGCUGCGGCAGAAUUCAUCCCCACCAGACCCUCGCCACGGCUCCCCUGCACUCAGUCGCUCGCUCACACCGAUCUCCAAGCCGGAUCUACCGCCAGUCCCCAAACGAAAUGAAAACGACACCCCGGCCUCGUACUUGACUAGAUUGGAGGAAAGCUUGCCGCGGGGGAUGAUCGCCGGAGUUCUUGCUCAGUCAGAUGAGGAGUUCUAUAAAAUCGGCCUGCGGAAGUACAUGCGAAGCUUCUCCUACUUCGGCGAUCCUUUGGAUAUGUCGAUUCGCAAGCUCUUGAUGGAGGUUGAACUCCCAAAAGAGACCCAGCAGAUCGAUCGGUUUUUGCAAGCAUUUUCCGAUCGAUACCAUGAGUGCAAUCCGGGUAUUUUUGCAUCGCCAGACAAGGCGUAUUUCAUUGCAUUCUCCAUUUUGAUUCUACACACCGACGUGUUCAACAAGAACAACAAACGAAAGAUGCAAAAGCCCGAUUAUAUCAAGAAUUGCCGUGGCGAGGGAAUCUCGGAAGACAUUCUGGAAUGUUUUUAUGAGAACAUCUCGUACACUCCGUUUAUACACGUGGAAGAUGCCAAUCUCCGCGACCGCCAUUUGGCCAAGCCACGCAGGGGGCUUUUCAAAAGUACCAGCACGGAAAACCUUUCUCGGAUUACUCGAGAGCCAGUGGACCCCUAUGCCCUCAUACUGGAAGGGAAGUUGGAAUCUCUGCGUCCAAGUCUGAAGGACGUGAUGGAUCUCGAGGAUACCUACGAGCAUUUUGGUACAUCCGGACCGCCGGACAUGGAUACUCUUCACCAGGCUUUCACCAAGUCGGGCAUUUUACAGAUUAUCUCUCUGCGCUCUCGUCCCGACGCAUUUAUGCCUUCUAGCUUGGACAACCCCUUGGACUCAAACCCGGGUCUUGUCGAUAUCAAGGUUGCGAAGGUUGGUUUGCUUUGGCGAAAGGAUCCCAAAAAGAAGAGAGCCCGGUCACCUUGGCAGGAAUGGGGCGCGAUCCUCACUUUCUCCCAAUUAUACUUCUUCCGUAACGUGAAUUGGGUGCGCUCACUCAUGGCACAGCAGGAGGCGUACAUCAAGAAUGGUCGUCGUGGCACUCUGGUGUUCAGCCCACCCUUGUCCGACUUCAAGCCAGACGGAAUCAUGUCAACUGGGGACGCAGUUGCGCUACUAGAUACGGGUUACAAGAAGCACAAGCACGCCUUCAUGUUUGUCCGACACAAUGCAUUGGAGGAGACUUUCCUUGCCACUUCGGAUGCCGAGAUGAAUGACUGGCUGGCCCAUCUCAACUAUGCCGCAGCAUUUAGAUCUACUGGUGUGCGCACCAGGGGUAUGAUUGCCACCAACUACGAGGGAAAGCGUUAUCGUAAAAGCCAACGUCUUGGUUCCUUCUCUUCGCAAACCUCACAGCAGUCACAGUCCACUGAUCUGGAGCCCCCAUCACCGAGCAUUGAUACGGACAUUGUUGCCGAAUUUGUCGCCGCGCGGCAACAACUGAUGAGCCAGAAGAUUCGUGAAACAAACGAGAAACUCUUCGUCUCGCAGAGGCAACUCGAGGAUUUACUCCAAAAUGCUCGACACCUUCAGGUGCUAACUCCGGUUCACGCGCGAGCUCGGGAGGGAGUCAUUUUGGCAGCGGGUCGGUUGGCUGCGAAAAUCAAAUGGGUCAGACAGGACAUUGGUCGCAACAAGUGCUAUCGUCAGAUUUUGCUACGAGACCUAGGAGAAGAUGACGAGACUCCUGAGAGCCGCGUCGGUUCUGUUGCCGAGCCUUCGUCUCAAGGCGAUGCAGCGCGGAUGGCGUCUCUGUCUGGGCCAUCUGUGAAAUCAGAGCCAACGGCGGAGAGAGCGGGUAGCAUUGUGCCCACCAUCGCCAGCAUUGACACCCCUGAGCCCAACGUCGUUGUCACUGACGAACCCUCAGAAGGCGGAUUACUGGCCAGGCCCUCGAUCGCAGAAUCCCGUCGCCCCAGUAUUCCCGGGUCGGUCACUUCCUCCGAUGUUUCCCGUAUCGGACGUCGGCGCUCUGCUGUCACGAUCCCCGAGCGCGCCAAGUCCUAUUCACCCGAUCCCAAGACGAUCAAACUGGAGCGUGAUGCCUCCGUUCUUAGCCGCGCCAGCAGGUGGGAUGGGGCUAGCAUUGCGUCUCGCACAUCGAAGUUGACCUCGCCUGUGAGCUUCGAUGACAACGAAGAACGGUUCUUGAGGGAGGCGGGUCUUCUGCAGCUCCCUGAGUCUCCAGGGCCCCGAUCGGAUGGCGGAGCACCUGAAAUAACGCCCGGAAACUCCACCGAGGGCGACUCGGUGUCAGCUGAGAAGUCUGACAAACCAAAUCGCGUGCGCCGCAGUCUUCAUCGCACACUCCGUGACUCGCACGCUCACAGGCAUCAUUCUCAUUCGAAGAAAAAGCGCGGCUCAAUCUCGAGUAUCGGACAAGAAGAAGACGACCAAGUGUCCGACGAAGGUGAUAUCCUCCCCCGCAAAGCACCCAGUUUCACCGUCCAUGGCAAGAAAGCAUCCAUCGUCACCUUCGGCUCCGAAUGGCAGAACAUGCCACCCGAAGAGCGUCUCAAGCUUCGAAAGCCAACUCCGCACGAGGAACCCCGAGCCUCAGACCCCACCUUGCUUGACAACCACGAGUAUCUCGAAUUCGAUACGAGCCCCGAACGAGCACAUUCGUUACGGAGCACCAGCACCACCACUGGCCUCAGCACCCGCACCAAUGAUGCUGAAUUCAAGGACGCGCGUGAAAUCCAGUCCGAAGAUGACGACCUCGGACGACCUGGCUCUCCUAUCAUUUCACCCCCACUCACAGAAGCAGAUCGGGAGCCUCUGGACUCUACAUACCCUCCUUCCACAACCAACGGACACCUUCACGCACCACUGCACGAAGGUUCCGCCUCCACCUCCCUGGGCGAACGAAUCGUCGACCCACCAUCUUCCGAAAGCCUACGCGAGCAAGCCGUUGGUGCUUAG